AUGCAAGCAAUCGACUCUCGCGUCGCUCAAAUACUGGCACGCCAUCUCCCAACGUUCAAGACUGUCGUAAGACAAGCGGAGCGAUGUUCGGUGGUGUCUGAGACUUGCCAUAUCACCGUGGUUUGUCUGCGGAAAAAUAGGCUUGGGAGCGUGUUCAGCUAUUGCCCGAUAUUCAACACAUCUUCCUGCCCGAUGAGGCCGCACAAGACCAUCCAACUAUUGCAGCAGAAAUUACACUCGGCUCUCCGUCGUAUCGAAGAGCUUGAUCCGCCAGCACAGCUGGGCGGAUGGUUCUUCCUGGGUGCGAUUCCCGACAGCUACGGCGGGCAAGACAGAUGGGUGCCAGCCUGCCUCAAGGGUACGACGAGGAAAGCACUAGUGCCGGUUUUAUUCUAUUAUUUGGACCACUAUGCUCCCCUAUCCAUCCCGCUCAUAUGUGACGUAUACGACGACAAGAUCUCCAUUUCCUUGGUUCAGCCCCUGACCAUCCAGGUCUUUCCGGGGCUGAACAAGGCCAAAUCUCGAGUAUUAACAGUGUACGACUAUUUCAACACCGUCACAAACGAGUUCAUCCGGGCGGAUACGCCCGAGCAAGACUUCCCUCUCCCUCUCCGCCAGAUCCCUCUCUACAGAGCGUCCCUCAUCGAAGACACGGACCUCGCAGGGAGCUACGCGCGAGGCGAGCGGCCCAUCGUCCCUUUGUGCUCCAUGAAGGUGGGAUUCGUCGACUUGCCGUUCCUAUGGCCUGUGGGUCUACAGAAUCCUUGUCGGUACCUACGCGCGAACUGGAAGGUCGUCCACCGUCCCCAUCCCAUGGGCCAGGUCGCCGUGCGACCCUUCGAAGGUGAAGACGGCUGCAUCGUGAUAACUGUGGAGGAAGGAGUGGAGGAACACUAG